CUGUCCCGGUCCCUCCCCCCGAGCCACCACAGCUGCCGCCGCCGCGGCUCCGGCAAAAGUUUUCGGCGGAGCGGCCGAACGCGGCGGUGCCGGUGCCGGUGCCGGUCCCCGCCAACACCGAGAUGCGCCCGGGAGCCGGCGCGAGCCCAGAGCCGACAGAGUCACCUGCGUGCCAGGACCUUCACUGUCAGGGCAGAGGAGCUGCCGAGGGACAGUAGGAAGCCCGACACGCCGCGCUGCUCCCCAUGCGGCCCAUGGUACAGCAGAGGGAUGUCCCGGCCGCGUCUCCUCAGCCUCCUGCUGCUGCUGCUUUGCUGCCAGGGCCCCUCUGCUCAGAUCACGGAUUUCCUCUUUGAGAGCUGGAAGGCGUACAGUGAGGAGUGCCACCGCAACAUGAGCCACCUGCCCGCGCCCACAGAGCUGGUCUGUAACCGCACCUUCGACAAGUUCUCGUGCUGGCCCGACACAGCGCCGAACAGCACGGCCAGUGUCCCCUGCCCCUGGUUCCUGCCCUGGUACCAGAAAGUGAAGCACAGACACGUCUUCAAGACCUGCGGGCCAGACGGGCAGUGGGUGACGGGCCCCCGGGGACAGUCCCUGCGCGACGCCACGCAGUGCGAGCUCGACGCCGAGGACCUGGAGGCACAGGAGAAAUUUGCCAAGACCUACGGCAGCUUCAAGGUGAUGUACACCGUGGGCUACUCCGUGUCCCUGUGUGCGCUGAUCCUCGCCCUGGCCCUGCUGCUGGGUUUCAGCAAGCUGCACUGCAUGAGGAACUACAUCCACAUGAACCUCUUCGCCUCCUUCAUCCUGAAGGGCGUCUCCGUGCUGGUCAUCGACGCUCUGCUCAAGACUCACUACAGUGACAAAAUUGACGGCUACAACGUGCACAUCUGGCUGAGCGAUGAGGCGGCCGCGGGCUGCCGGGCGGCCACGGUCUUCAUGCAGUACGGCAUCGUGGCCAACUACUGCUGGCUGCUGGUGGAGGGGAUCUACCUGCACAACCUGCUGGUGGUGGCCGUCUUCUCCGAGAGGAGCUACUUCACCCUCUACCUGUGCAUUGGCUGGGGGGCGCCCAUGCUGUUCCUCAUUCCCUGGGUCGUCGUGAAGUUCCUCUAUGAAAACAUCCAGUGCUGGUCCACCAACAACAACAUGGGCUUCUGGUGGAUCCUUCGCUUCCCCGUGUUCCUGGCCAUCCUGAUCAACUUCUUCAUCUUCAUCCGCAUCAUCCAGAUCCUCGUCUCCAAGCUCCGUGCGCACCAGAUGCGUUACACUGACUACAAGUUCCGGCUGGCCAAGUCCACGCUGACACUGAUCCCGCUGCUGGGCAUCCACGAGGUGGUCUUCGCCUUCAUCACAGACGAGCACGCUCAGGGCACCCUGCGCUACGUCAAGCUCUUCUUCGACCUCUUCCUGAGCUCGUUCCAGGGGAUGCUGGUGGCCAUUCUCUACUGCUUCGUCAACAAGGAGGUGCAGGCGGAGCUGCUGAAGCGGUGGCAGCGCUGGAAGCUGGGGAAGGACCUGGCGGAGGAGUACAGACACACGUACAGCCACGCACCCAGUGCCCGCAACGGCGCUGGCACCACCUGCGAGAAGCACCAGCUGGUGAGCAGCUGCACCAACGGGCUGGGCCGCGGCCCGGCUGCCGCGCGCCCCGGCACACGCCACGCCGAGAGGAGCGGCCGCGGCCCCGCCGAGCACCUGGCCCUGGGCGAGCGGCACCACUGCUACGAGUUCCCCGAGACCACGGCCGAGAGCCACUUGUGAGCCACGCGGGGGCUGCGCCGGCCCCGCUGCCGCGGGCUGAGCCGGCAGGGAAACCGCGCCGGCCCCAGCUCCGUCCUCCUCCGGGCGCUGCUGGCGGGACGCGGCCCUGUGCCGGACCACGGCGGCGGCUGGGCCAGCUGCCAGGGAGGCAUGGCGAGCAAGACCUGGACCUCUGUGGGGAGGGGGUAUGUGUGGGGCGGGGGUGGGGGGUGGGGGGGUCGUGCUGUGGUGCUGCCCUCAUGCACCUUCGAGACCCUUUGUGCAGUGCUGUAACUUAUGUGUAACUGUAAAUAGGUGUGAGCCCAGGCCGGGCUGCAGGGCCAGUGCCGCGUGUGCCUCUGUCUGGAGGGGGUCCGGCUGUGGGAACGGGCUGCCCGCACUGUGCCCAAGCACCCGUGGUGACGGCGGCAGCCACGGAUGGGGAGCUGGGCCGUGCAGCAUGGACGGGCUGCACCAGAAUCCAGCCCCACGGCCUGCCACACAGCCCCACGGCGUGACCCACAGCCCCACAGCCCUACAGCCCACGGCCCCGCACAGGUGAGCAGACGCGGCAGCGGCUGUAGCAGCGCAGCGGCCGGGGCUGCAGCUCCCGCCAGCACUUUCCUCUGUCUGCUAAUCGGCUCUGUCCUCUCACUGCCAGGAGCCUCUAAUUAAAUCAUUUGGCUCUGCCCACCGGCACCCCCGCUCCUCCGGGAGCCGGCGCAGGCCAUGGCCGGGCAGCAGCCGCCGGCAGCACCGAACACCACGAGCAGUGCGUGGGGUGCGGGGCGGCGGGUCAGCCCGCACUGGACUGGGCUGUCCGCGGCGCGGGGAGCGCGGGGGCCGGCACUGUAAGAGGCUUGGGCCGCGCACAUGAGCGCUAAGCCCAGAUGCCGCGGCUUUGGGCACCACAAUCGCCUGGUGUGCUGGGAUUAGCCGGGUCCACCUUUCCGGCCGGAGCACCCUGCCCGACGGCUGGCGGCACGACAGACAGACAGCCCCGCCGUGACCCCAGCACGGGGCACUGCCCGCCACCCGGCCUGGCCCCGCAGGUGACGGGUCCCGGCUGUCCCGGCCCCGCGCACAGCCCGGCACAGGGGAGGCGACGACGGGGCGAGCGCUUGGGGCACCCGCAGCCACUUGCAGCCCCGCACAGCCAACAGCAGCGCUGGGCAGGCGGUCACCCCCGCCAAACCCACCCUCCCAGUGCGGCCAGCACAGGGGAUGGGGGAGCCAUGCGGCACAGACCGCUGCCAGGACAAGGGCGCAGGUGCCAGCGGGGCAGCCAUGGCACAGAGAGGCCACGUCCACAGCGCUGGCCCUGGCUGCACCGCGCUUGGCUCCCGGCGUGGCGCCGUGCUGCGCCAGCAGUAAUUUUCCUCUGUUUACUCGAGAACUUGCUGCCGGCCCAAGCAGGACCCGUGCGCGGGGGCUGGAGCCCUGCGGGCAGUGGAGACGUGGGGCAGAGGGUCUGCUCGCAGUGCCGUGGGGCUGCGGGGCCCUGGGGCCGUGGGACACGUCACCUGUGGGGCAGCAGAGCUGUGGGGCUGAGCAGGCAAGGGUCGGCCCAGAGCCGCGGUGCCGGACCCAGCCAGCGCAGCCCCUGCGGAGCCGCUGGCCCCCAUGGCCGCUGCCGUCACUGUGGCCUCCUGACGCGGUAACGAGCCUAAUUGAGGCAAAUUGUUGGAGCACGAAGCAGUUUCUGGGAAGGUAAAUAUGGCCAUCACGCAGGGUCCAGCCCUGCGCCUGUUGCUCCAGCGUUGCCACAGCAACACCCCACUGCUGUCCCCGUGGCACUGUGACACCCCAGAGCUGGCUGCACACACACACACUCAGACUCACAAACACAUUCACAGACACAGACACACGCACAGACACACACACGCACACACACACACCAUGCACGUGCACACACGCACGCGCACACACCAUGCACACCAUGCACAUGCACACACGCACACACCAUGCACACACACACACGCACACCAUGCACACCAUGCACAUGCACACACACACACGCACACCAUGCACACACGCACGCGCACACACCAUGCACACCAUGCACGUGCACACACGCACGCGCACACACCAUGCACACACACACACGCACACCAUGCACACCAUGCACGUGCACACACGCACGCGCACACACCAUGCACACACGCACACGCACACCAUGCACACCAUGCACGUGCACACACGCACGCGCACACACCAUGCACACCAUGCACGUGCACACACGCACGCGCACACACCAUGCACACACACACACGCACACCAUGCACACCAUGCACGUGCACACACGCACACGCACACACCAUGCACGUGCACACACGCACGCGCACACACCAUGCACACCAUGCACGUGCACACACGCACACGCACGCCAUGCACACACUCCUUGGCAGCCCAGCGGGACCUGCCCUGUUCCCCGUGAAGCGCCGGCACUGCCGGAAUCACAGAUGGUUUGUGUUGCAGGACCUUCCCCGCUCCCCAGGCCCCGGCCGUGGCAGGGACAUCUGCACCAGCUCAGGGUGCUCAGAGCCCCGUCCAGACCGGCCUGGGGUGCCUCAGGGAUGGCUCAUCCACCCCCUCUCUGGGUGCCUGCCCAGGCUCUCACCACCCUCCCCGUGAGCCGUUUCCCCUGCGGCGGUGCCCGCGGCAGAGGCCGGAGCGGAGGGAGGCCGGGGCACAGCGGCCACUGGCCGCCCCGUGCAGCUGGCCCCGGCGCCUCACAGGAGAACUCCCACUUUAUCAAGGAAAUGGAGCACCACAAAUUGGUCUUCUAAGUAGAUUGUGACCGCUGCCGGCCCUCUUCCCACCACCUAAUUCAAUGAUACAACACACACCUCUCAUCCUCUCACCGUUUAAUCUAAUGAUCAGCACCGUACUGGAGGCACAGGGAAAAUAAACCCCUGCUGACUUCGA